CGCGGCGCUCGGGGAUCAGCUGGCGGGCGGGCGCCUAAGCUGCCCCGGCUCUGCGGCAGCGCCGCCUCCUCCGCGUCGCAGGCCGGCGGCCGUGGCCAUGUCGCGGGGCUGGUAGCUGGGCUCGGUGCCGAGCCGCCUCUAGUUUAAACUUAAACGAUCGCUCUCCGAGAAGGAGGGGACCCGUCGCGCGAUUGACAGUGUAUUCCUGCAGGCGCCGUCCCUCAGCCCCCACCCCACGGCCGGAUUCCCGUGGCUCUGCUCCGGGCUGAAACCCGAGAAGAAAUCCUUCGAUUUCUUUUCUUUACAACAAAUACUAACCGAGAAACCAUCGGCAUUUUGCCUUGGCGUUUCCUAUCGGAAAGAUGAAGAAGUUUUUCGACUCCAGGCGGGAGCAGGGCAGCUCUGGCCUGGGCUCAGGCUCCAGCGGAGGAGGGGGCAGCAGCUCAGGCCUGGGCAGUGGCUACAUCGGAAGGGUCUUUGGCAUCGGGCGGCAGCAGGUCACUGUGGACGAAGUGCUGGCGGAAGGUGGAUUUGCUCUUGUCUUUCUGGUGAGAACAAGCAGUGGGGUGAAAUGUGCCCUGAAACGGAUGUUUGUCAACAAUGAGCAUGACCUCCAGGUGUGCAAGAGGGAGAUUCAGAUCAUGAGGACCGUCUCAGGGCACAAGAACAUGUGGGCUACAAUUGAUUCUAGUAUCAACAAUGUAAGCAGUGGCGACGUAUGGGAAGUUCUCAUUCUCAUGGACUCUGCAGAGGAGGACAGGUUGGUAAACCUGAUGAACCAGCGUCUACAAACAGGCUUCACAGAGAAUGAAGUCCUGCAGAUAGUCUGUGACACCUGUGAGGCUGUCGCUCGCCUCCAUCAGUGCAAAACUCCUAUUAUCCACCGGGACCUGAAGGUUGAAAAUAUCCUCUUGCAUGACCGAGGCCACUAUGUCUUGUGUGACUUUGGAAGUGCCACCAACAAAUUCCAGAACCCACAGGCCGAGGGAGUCAAUGCUGUAGAAGAUGAAAUUAAGAAAUAUACAACGCUCUCCUACCGAGCCCCAGAAAUGGUCAACUUGUACAGUGGCAAAAUCAUCACUACGAAGGCAGACAUUUGGGCUCUUGGCUGUUUGUUGUAUAAAUUAUGCUACUUCACUUUGCCAUUUGGGGAGAGCCAGGUGGCAAUUUGUGAUGGAAGCUUCACAAUUCCCGAUAACUCUCGAUAUUCUCAAGAUAUGCACUGCCUUAUUAGGUAUAUGUUGGAACCAGACCCUGACAAAAGGCCGGAUAUUUACCAGGUUUCCUACUUCUCAUUUAAACUGCUCAAGAAAGAAUGCCCAAUUCCAAAUGUACAGAACUCUCCCAUUCCUGCAAAACUUCCUGAACCAGUGAAAGCCAGUGAGGCAGCUGUAAAAAAGACCCAGCCAAAGGCCAGACUGACAGAUCCCAUUCCCACCACAGAGACUUCAAUCGCACCCCGCCAGAGGCCUAAGGCUGGGCAGACUCAGCCAAACCCAGGAAUCCUUCCCAUUCAGCCAGCCCUGACUCCUCGUAAAAGGGCCACUGUUCAGCCCCUACCUCAGGCUGCAGGACCCAGCAGUCAACCUGGCCUUCUAACCAGUGUUCCCCAACCUAAAGCCCAACCCACACCUAGUCAACCUCUUCAACAAUCUCAGCCCAAGCAGUCACAGGCUCCAUCCACCCCACAGCAGACACCUUCUACCCAGACCCAAGGUCUGCCCACCCAGGCCCAGGCCACUCCCCAGCACCAGCAGCAGCUCCUCCUCAAGCAGCAGCAACAACAGCAGCAGCAGCCACAGCAGCAGGCAGCACCACAGCAGCCAACGGGCACCUUUUACCAGCAGCAGCAGCAGCAGCAGCAGCAGCAGGCUCAGACGCAGCAGUUUCAGGCAGGACAUCCAGCAGCCCAGCAACCAGUCACUGCUCAGUUCCCUGUGGUGUCCCAGGGAGGCUCUCAGCAACAGCUGAUACAGAACUUCUACCAGCAACAGCAGCAGCAGCAACAGCAGCAACUGGUGACACAGCAGGCUGCCCUGCAGCAGAAGACUGCUGUGGUAGUUCCACAGCCUCAGGCACAGCCAACCACAGCCCCACAGCCAACUUCUGCUCAGGAGCCUCCGAUUCAAGCUCCACCAAGACAACAGCCAAAGGUUCAGACAACUCCACCUCCAACUAUCCAGGGUCAGAAAGUUGGAUCUCUCACUCCUCCAUCAUCCCCUAAAACCCAGCGUGCUGGGCACAGGCGGAUCCUCAGUGAUGUAACCCACAGUGCAGUCUUUGGGGUUCCUGCCAGCAAAUCAACCCAGUUGCUCCAGGCAGCUGCAGCUGAGGCCAGUCUCAAUAAAUCUAAGUCUGCAACUACCACUCCCUCGGGCUCUCCACGGACCUCGCAACAGAAUGUCUCCAAUGCUUCUGAAGGUUCAACAUGGAAUCCUUUUGAUGAUGACAACUUCUCCAAACUCACGGCUGAAGAACUGCUUAACAAGGACUUUGCCAAGCUUGGGGAAGGAAAGCUUCCUGAGAAGCUUGGUGGCUCAGCAGAGAGUUUGAUCCCAGGUUUCCAGUCAACACAAGGAGAUGCUUUUGCCACUUCCUCAUUUUCUGCUGGAACUGGUCUCCAGAGAGAACCCAGUCCUUGUCCUGUAAUUACUGUAGAGCACUUUAAAGAACCUGUGGGUGCCAAAGGCCUCGCCCUCUAUCCAGAUCCCUGCAGAAUUUCUGGAACAAAGACUCAGAACACCUUAGAGUCUGACUCCCUGGCCCGAGAGGGCCCUUCCAGCAAUAGCUCCUUCCACAGCAGCGAGGAGGAGGGCACUGACCUGGAGGGGGACAUGUUGGACUGCAGCGGGUCUCGGCCUCUCCUUCUGGAGUCUGAAGAGGAGGAUGAGAGCUGCAGACCUCCUCAGGGGAAGCUGGGAGAAGCCACCCUGUUCACUGAGCCUGGAGUGUCUGCUGAGCCAGAAAAAGGGGGACGAGGUGGGAAAAAGAGCCAAUUCUUGCCAGUCAACCAGCAGGCCUCAGAUGGUCUCGGAGAGCCUGAUGUCUUUGCCAUAGCCCCCUUCAGGAGUUCACUGGUUCCAGCAGAUGACGUGGACAUUUUCUCCAAAGCCCCUUUUGUCUCCAAGGGCAGUAUAGCUCCUUCCCAGACAGAGGAGGUGGACGUGUUCUCCAGAGCUCCUUUUACCAAGAAAAGGAGCGUGGAGGAGUUACUGGCUGUGCAGGGCUCCUCACAGGAUUUGCCGGUGCAGGCCAGCCUUAGUCAGCCCAGUGAAGGGCUCCUGCUUCCAGGCCGUGAUAGAGCCAUGUACCCCCCUGCCCAGGUGCAGUAUCCUGUGACUGGCUUUGCACAGCAGGCCGGUCUCCCCUCCCACUCUGUCCAGGUGGCAGACCAUUUUGACAGCAGCUCUCCCCGGGGAUCUCCCCUGGAAUCUGGGAGUCAUCCUACUGACAGAAACAGAGGACUGCAGUCCCAAAAAGAAGCCUUCUCCGGGCCUAUGGCUGGCAAGCCAUUCCGCCCCCAGGCUUUAUCCAAAUAUUCCCGACACUAUAGCCCAGAAGAUGAGCCAAGUCCAGAAGCUCAGCCCAUCGCUGCCUACAAGAUUGUUUCACAGAGCAAUAAGCAGUUGCUAGCUGGCUCUGUGUCUGUCACAUCUCUGUCCUCCAGGACUACAGAGCUGCCUGCUGCCGACCCUUUCUCUUUAGCGCCCUUUCCGUCAAAAGCAGGCAAACAGAAACCAUAGGCACAAGACCAGCCUGUGGCCUGCCUCCACCUACCCAACCAGCACCUGUCACACCACUCCUGGCUGGCCUUUCAGGGAGUAGCCACUGUGACCUUGCAGUCCCUGCCUCAGAGCAGAAGCUCUUUAGGUUACACUCCCUGCUUUUAUUCAUGCUCAUUUCUGGACUUGUCUGCAUUGCUGUUCCUUCAUAUAGGCAUUCCACCUGCACUCUGAACUCUGAUUCUUUUCUGCCCAGACACCUUUUUAAUCCAGGAAUAUUUUACCCCCUGUUAACAGGGGCUGUAUUACACCACAACUUUGAAGGCCAGCAGCUCCUGUGGGGAGGUGCUUGGAUCAAAGAGUCAAGAUGAAUCCCUCCAGCAUUCAGCGACACUCUUGGAACAGAGAUUUCUAGGAAGAAGAAAAAAAAACAGCAAUAUAAACCUACUGCACAUCUGAAAAAGUUAGUCCUUCAGCUCCUCAUUAUUCGUUCCUGUGGAGCCAGCAGCUCUCAGAGGAUUCUGGGAUCUGUCACAGAGUCUAUACGAGCCAAGCUGGCCUGUGUGCACAGAUGUCUGGUGCAUGAUGUGAGUCAGAUUCUUUGUCAUGCAGAAGAGCACACAGGUGGGAAAAGCUCGUUCUGCCUUCCCACAGUUCACUUUUUAGACUAGAAUGGAUACAUGCGUGUGCAUGCAUACAAGAAACCUUUUUCCUUAGAGUGAAACCGCCAUGCCUACCUCCAUUAUCCAAUCAUUUCCUUGUAUUUGCCUGUUGACCUGACUUGAACCUUGGCUUUAUUUGCAUUUUUUUCUCAUGGUAAAAUUGAAGUUGUUGGACCAUAUGGGGCGAUUCUGUUGAAAAUGAGGUUUCAGAAUGAAUUUUUAAAAUUCCAUUUACCUGGUUUUGAAAAAUCAAAUAUCUAAAACUGGACAUGGUAUCUCAUGCUUGUAAUCCUAGUUCUUGAGAAACUGAGACAGGAGAAUUACCACAAGUUAGAGGCUAACCUGGUCUUCAUACUGAAUUCCAGGCCACCAUAUCUCAACACCCUCUCCUCCCACCCAAAAAAGUCACUGGUCCUUCUGUUUUUCCCUGGCAACAGAGGAAGAGCAUCUUUAGUGUUGCAGUCACUGGGAAUCCUUCCUGGGUACCUUUGUUAUGAAAUUCAUUAAUCAGGACCCUAAGCCACAAAAUUACGUUGUCUGUUUUCUCUCCCCAAACUCUCCCCCAUACACCUCUGUUGCCUCUAGAAGUUGAAGAUGAGAAAGCACUGGUCAGCUGUCCUUGCAGAUCUUUAAAUUAGCUGUUCCAUUCAGAUGUUAAAGUAGAACAGACAGGUGACUGGCUGUGUUUUCAGAAGUGCGUUUUUAUUUCUGGAGAGCUCUGACUCAUCCCUGUGUUUUCAUACCAUUCAUUUUUAGUGCCUUAAAAGAAAGCCCAUGACUCUGCAGGGAGGUUUCUGCUGAGGAAGCCGAGUUUCAUGGAGACAGCCUGCACCAUACUCAGGGUGUGUGCUUACAACUUCUAGCAUAGUUCCUCCACUUGCUCGGGGAACUCUGGAGAGUUCAUCAAGCUAGAUUAGUGAUAGAAAAAUUGCUAGGAGCUGGGCAUGGGAGCAUACUCCUGUAAGCAGGAAAGGGGUUCAAGGUCAGCCUAGACUACCUGAGACACUGUCCCCAAAAAUAAAAGAAUUACCGAAAAUUUGCCCAGUAAUGAAGCCUAAAUGCCAGGCUGCUCUUGCAAUCAUUUGGUUGUGAUGUCCUUUAAAUUUGAAAGUCGGGGUCUGGGUGUACAACUUGGUGGAAGAAUACAUGCUUUGUAUGCACCAUGCCCUGGGUUCUGUCCUCAGUACACCCAGAAAUAAUAGAAUAAAGCCCAGGACUCUUGGCAGUUAACAUAAGAAUGGUUACUUUUUGCCUGGUGUGGUGGCAGGCAUCUUAACCUCAGAACUUGUGAGGCAGAAACAGGUGGAUCUCUGUGAAUUUGAGGUCAGCCUGGUCUACAUAGCAAGAUUCAGGCCAGCCAGUGAGCGAAAGCUUGUCUUAAGAGGGUGAAAGGGAACUUUUUUUAGUACUUCUCUUUUUGGUAUUCUCCACCUGUUUAAAUAACCGGCAGUAUGUCAGGGUCCCCGCCCCCACCAGAAACCUCCCUUACACUUCAGUAAAGCUAACUAUUCUCUCUAGGAAUUUGCUUUCUCAGUUAAUAUUUUUGAACGUUUUGAAUACUAGUGGAUACAAACUGGUCUUUCUGUUAAAUGAGUAGUUUGGGAUAUACACGGAAUUUUGCGACCAGUCUUCCCACACUUGUUUUCUGGAGAAGUUCUCAAAGGCAUGUGUGAACGGCAUGGGACUGUUGACAGGGUCCUCACUUGACGUCACAGUUCUUUCCAGGUUGCAGCAUAGACCUGUAGUCCCAGCUGCUAGAAGGCUGAGACAGGACAGCCUGAGCCUGGCAUCUCAAGGCCAGCUUUGGCAACAUACAAGGACCCAUCUCAUGAAUAGAAAUUUCAGAAUGCAAGGUCAGCAUCAGCUUCGUAACCGUGCUGCAGACUGUUCUAACUUUGAUUACUGUAUCACUCCAUCUAAUCAUACAGUCAUUUUAAUUCACAAGGUCCAAAUUAGAAUAAAAUCAUGCACUCCUUAUUUUAUAUAGUUGAAUCGUUUGUGAAGUGUGGGCUUGAGGCCUUUUUCAUCUACUGAGUAGGAAGCCUACCUGUCGUCUUUUACUCAGGAGUGAGUGUGACCACAUGCAGCUUGUCUUUUCCUCUGUGGCACUUUGUGAAGGAAAUCUGACAAGAGACUAGCCAACUCAUGAGUUCUGAAGGAAGAGUCUGGAUUACAGGAUCAGUGUGCAAUUGAAUGAUCAGGUAUCCUGGUGGGAUGCCAUCCUGAGUGGAAACCUGGAAAGUUUGUUUUACGGGGAAUUAGGAGUGCGUAAAGUCUACGAAUCAAUUGUAAAUUCCCAGUGACCAUACUCUAACAGUUUUAAUAAUAAGGAAGAGGAACAGUGUCAAUGAAGUACUGUACUUUGUUUUAAUUUCUGCUGUGUGUGAGUCGCUUUUAUAUUUCAUAGGAAACACAGAAAAUUGUGAAUUUUUGACUCAGUAGGAAGAGAUGAGUCAGAAUAUCUUUAGAUAAAGCCUGAAGCCGCAUCGUGCACUAAUGAACUCCUAAAUGAUGCGGCAGACUGAGGACACAGCUCAGGUGGAGCCUGGCACAGUGAGGCUCUGGUUCCUCCUAUUAGCUGACUAAUGAGCACUGUUAACUGAGCUAACUUAUGUGUCAUGGAAAAUGUCUCACUAAUUUCUUAGGCUUACAAUACAGCUCUUUAGCGCCAAAUCCAUGGUUAGCACCAAAAAUAAAUAAAUAAGAAGUGAACAUCUGUGGCAGGCACACCUACAAUCCCAAUACUUGGGAGACCGAGGCAAAACAAUUGUGAGUUCAAAUCAAGACCAGCCUGAGCAGCUUAGCCGGACCUUAAUAUUGAAAUUUAAAGAGGGCUGGUUUUGUAUUUAAGUGGUAGAAUGCUUACCUAGCAUGUGCAACCCCUGGAUUUACUCCAGGACCAGGAGACGAGAGAGAGCACACAAAUUGUUCAUCAUGUGAUGGUGAACAAUCUAGCCAUGGAAAUGAGGAAAGUUGGUUCUAAAAGCAAAUUUUAGUUCAUACAGGUUGUUUUGUCUUGGCUCACUGGUAGGGUUGAAGAUCUAUGUACUGGUGCAGGCCCCAGUGUGUGUGUGUGUGUGUGUGUGUGCGUGCGUGCAUGCAUGUGUGCUAACUGAACCGUCUUCUACUCACUAACCCAUGUUGUAUCUCAAUUUCAUCUGGUAACUGAGAUCUUGUAAACAUUCAACAAUGUUGUCUUUCUGGCCUGUUGUAUGUUUAUUAAGUGUUGGACCAUGUGCUUGUCAGUGUUUUCAGCCACUCCUCACUGGUGCAUAAAGUAUUAGAGUGAUCUGAUGAUAAGAAAUUCUGUAUUUUUAUUCUGUAAAUGAAAAUAAUCAAAACAUGUAUCAGAUUGUAUGAUAUAUAUAUGCAUUAUUUCAAAUAGGAAACUUAGGAGGAGGAAAUGAAGUGCUCUCUCCAACAGGAAUGGGGCAACUUCCAGUGGAGUCCAUUUGGGUCCCUCAAAUGUAAAGAGAUGUUGCUCCCUGCUGUGUCUUUUGCAUUCAACCUUUAGAACACAUCCCAGUCAACUCCCAAACAGUUGCUGGUUACAGCAUUUUUUUAAUCAGAAUCAAGCAUUUUGAUGGCAGGUAGUUUGCAGGAGUGCAGCGGAAGAAGGCGGGAGCGUCUUGACACUUUCCAUGGCCACCCUGUUUCCGAGCCUUCCAGUGCUUCACUAAAAGAUUAAACACUGGGGGUUGUAAGUGAAAUCAUGUUAUUUGAGUGAUGAUCUUUGUCAAUCAAUAUUUGUUUUGUUCUGACCACCAGAACACUUGAAAGCCUAAUAAAAUAUAACUAAAGAAAAGGUUUCAAAAUGCUUAAAAAUAAAAAGUAGUGUCUAGUUGUAAAUUGUUUCUAUUCUGUUCCCAGAGAUCUUUGUGCCCCCCACUCCCCAUUUCUACUCUCCCUUAAUUUCCUCCCUCAGCAUUCUCCUAUUUGACCCGACUAAUAAGUGGGUGGUGAACUGUCACACUAGUUUACGGUGGCUACUCUAAAAUCUCAUUUUAGGAUGCAGGCCAGCCUUGACAAUCUAGCAGUGAAAUGGUUCACCUUCCCCUAGAAUCAAGGACAGAGGAAGGUUGGCAGGACCCAGUUUUCCUCUUUGGAGAUGUAGCCAGAGGGCGCUCUGCCCCCUGAUCCUACAUAGCUCUAGAAUGAGUACAUAUGUGAGUGGACUCUAGAAGAGCAAAAAUAGCUAAGUGCUGUUCAUGGGGGCACAUGCCUGUAUUGAAGCAAGAGGUUCACUGUGAGUUUGAGGCCUGCUUGGGGUACAUAGCAAGACCUUGUCUCAAAACACACACACACACACACACACACAGGCUAAAUAUUGACUACAUAUGGCCUGCUAACUACCAAGUCUCUGUAACUUGUAAUUCCCUUAGUUUUGUCAGCUAUAGUUCAGAACCUCACCCUCUGGCGAUCUGAGUUGAUAGUAAACAUUACUUGUGCCGCCUUGUGGUGGAACCGUGUAUAUAUACACAAAGGGGAUCGGAUUUCCUUUGGCAAGGAAUUUCAGAAUGGAUUUUUCAGCAUCAGUCAAAAAUAGGUCAGGGUUGGCUGAUACCACAUGCUUAGACUGCUAGGACCCAUGUCCAGUCUCCAGCACUUUGGCUCUGAGGUAAUGGGAGACAGUAGAAUAUUUUCCUUUGGAAAUGGUGUGCCUGCUGUGUUCUGCAAAUCUACCAAAGAUUCUUAUGAGAAGGGUUUCUCAGUGUCUGUGUGCGCAGACCUGCAUCCUCCUGCUUCCUUCGUGGGGUUAAUUCCAGCCCUUCAGUUAAUCAUCUGAAGAGGACUGGGGAGGGACCACAGGCAGCUGGCACCAGUAACUCAGUUCCCUCUGCCAAAACCUCCAAAUUUAGCAUUGGAGUUGUUUGCAUCUGUGGUGAGGGAGUUGACUAGCCAUUGCUUGAGCAUUCUUCCCAAGUAAGCGCCUUCUUGUGGGUGGAACUGGGAGGACAGUGGUGACCUGCACCACAGGGCCUGAAGAUGUUAUUUUGAAUGGAACAUUUGAUGUCAUUUUUAGGGAACAGAAACCAAAUAACAGAGGCCAAGGACCAAGCGUAUUUCGAGGAGGGAAGGUGAGCACCCUCUGCUGGCAGUAUUUGGAGUUGCUUGAGUGAGGAUCUGUAAGCAGCCUGGAAGGAGUGCUGAGGUCAGCAGGUCUCAGGCAUCCUCACCUUGCAAACAAUCUUGGGGAAACCAGAAGGUCAUUCCCAGCAGUUUUUGUAAUGCCUGUCAUUGCAGGCUGUUGGAUUUAUGUUGUUCUUUCUGGGUGUGAUCUAUCAUGUAUCUGAUAGUCUUUAUGGAUAAUUGUUUGGGUUGUAAACUCCUAUACUCUUUAUUAAAAUGAGCUUAAUUAAGUGA